AUGCCAAGUGUUGCUGGUGGCGGACGUUACGGAUGCCGCUCCGCAAUCCGAGGCUUCGACCCUUAUGGCGACCAUGGUCGAUUUAUACACGGGAGCUGGGGCAAAUGGAAUCAAUGUCUCAAUGGCGUUCUGGAGCACAGUGCAACCGAAGCGUUAAGCAGCUGGACUGUAAAAGAUUCGAUUAUUGUACUUUUUACUGGAAGCGACGCGGGCAAGUUUGCCGCCGCUGGUCGCGACUACACCAAAAACAAAACACACCAAAAGCACGAUACGUCUGAUUUCGCGGCAAUGCCGGUCCCCUUGAUGUCGCCCCUGGCGAUCUUUGAUGCGACAAUGGAGCUCUGCGAGGUUCAGGCUCAGAGUACCACGCAACGCCCAUCGACAGCAAGCGUC